UUGGCUGUUGGACGACGGGGAUUAACCUGAAAACGCUGCUUUCAAUGAGCUACAAUGGAGACUAAAUAGGAACUCGAUCGGGAUUCAGGCUUUUAAUUUAUUCAUUAAAUCAAGUAAGAUUUGUCCUCGUAGCUUCUCAAAUCUGCUAUUGAUCUUUUUUGACACGUAAUACGAGUUAGAAAAACAAAGUUCCGGACAGAUCCUGAAGUUUGUCUACAAGUGUUUUGAAUAAGGAAAUCGUCUCCGGCUAACGUUAUGUAGCGAGCUAAUCUCGUUUAUCCACUCGUAAACCUCAGCUGUUCACACACGGCCUUAAACCCGACGUCAAGGGAGGAGGAAGAAGAAGAGGGCGACGAUAUCCUGCGGUUUGAUUUGUUGUCUGCUACCUGUUGGUUUAAUCCUGUCUCAGGCAUGACCGAGUACAAACUGGUGGUGGUCGGGGCAGGAGGUGUGGGGAAGAGCGCCCUCACCAUCCAGCUCAUCCAGAACCACUUCGUGGAUGAAUAUGAUCCAACCAUCGAGGACUCGUACAGAAAACAGGUGGUGAUCGAUGGAGAGACUUGUCUGCUGGACAUCUUGGACACAGCCGGUCAGGAGGAGUACAGCGCCAUGAGGGACCAGUACAUGAGAACGGGAGAGGGCUUCCUCUGCGUGUUUGCCAUCAACAACACCAAGUCCUUUGAGGACGUCCACCUGUACAGAGAGCAGAUCAACAGGGUGAAGGACAGUGACAGUGUUCCAAUGGUGCUGGUGGGGAAUAAGAGUGACCUGAGUACCCGCACGGUGGAGUCACGGCAGGCGCAGGAGCUGGCUAGAAGCUACGGAGUACCGUUUGUCGAGACCUCUGCCAAAACCCGACAGGGCGUGGAGGAAGCUUUUUAUUCGCUAGUACGGGAGAUUAGAAGAUACAAGGAGACCAAUCGCAGCAACAAGAAGAGCAAGAAGAGCAAGAAGAACACUCAGAGACGUUGCGCAAUACUAUAGCCAUGCACACACAGCCACAAGCUCAUCCUUCAUAGCACUCGUUUUACGCUUUUCCUCACACACUGCACCUCCUCUGUCACAGUGGAGAUGUCCAGCACAGUUCCGGACGGGGAAGCAGAAGUGGCCAAAUCCAUUUUGUCCUGCCGUCCCAGUUUCCACCUAGUGUGAUAUGCAGCCGUGUCCUGUUGAACGCUGAGUCACACUUUUUUUUUUUUUUUUUUUUUUGUCGACCAAACGAAUAGAAACGGCAGUUUUUAGAUGAGUUUUUUUUUCUUUCUUUUUUGGUUCAGGUUAGCAUUUAUGGAAACUUAAUCUGAGUCUGUGGUAUAAUUGAUUGUUUGUUAAGAUCGUACUCUACUAAUUAGAAUAAUGUCCAGCCAGUGGUACAAACCAUUCCUGUGGACUGGUCAGGGGGUCCGUGGUGGUGCGUCACUGCACUUUGCACCGUCGCCUCGGGUGACGCAUUCAGUUCAAAACUUCUAAAUUGUUCUAGCAUUAUUUAGGUGAUAUUUGUGAUUUAACACAAAUUUACUAUUAUACGGUUUUAAUGCAAAAUAAAAAAAAUGUUGCUUUCAGAUUGGUUAAAACUUUUUGGAAGUUUGAAAACAUCUGUCUUCCCCCUCAUGUUUUUCAUAGGUGACCGUGUCCUCUGUGGCUUGACACACAACAGCAAUAUCUUUUCUCCCACUAUGAAAAUUAAAAUGCUGUAACAGGAUAAGAUCAUUUCAGUAACAAAGCCUCAUAAUUGUGUUCGAGACUCCGAGGUGCACUUUAUCAUUGUCUGGUAUGUGUUUAAUGGUACAAUUAAGGAUUAGUUGGUGGCAUUUAAAGCGUUUACUCACUGUUAUUCCUCAGGUCCUGAUAAAAUACCAUAUUCCUGAGUGCUCUGUUAAACGAUUGAGAUAUGAUGCCUUUUUCCAUCAUUGACCUCCGAUUGGAAGAGUCAGCCUGCAGUUUGCUCCACACUGUAUUCCAAAGGCCACUUUUAAUGCAGUUUUUUGUCUGUCAGUGUUGAUGGGUUUGUGGUUCUACACUUAAUAUUUAAAACUCCACUGAUGCUGAAACCCGUGUUUCACUCCGCAGGAAAUCUCUAGAGCUCAAACUCAUGUUAACGAUCAUGAUUGCUAAGGAUAUUCAAAAGGGCAUUGUUUUUUAUAGCCGUGUUUGUCACCUUCCAUGUUGUGGAUUACAUUUAUAUUUUUGUAGUAAGGCAAAUUCCUGUAAUUUAGAAACGGUUGUUCACUUAACUCAAAUCAAAGUUCAAUGAGCUAACUUCAAAUGAUUCCUGCUAAAAGAGGUGAAUCCAUGAAGUGUUCCUACCAAACCGGCAGCUUUCAUUAUCUGGACUUAAUGUAGUUCCAUUGUUAAACUUUCAACAAGUCUCUCACUGACGGCUAUGUAAAAUCUUUAAUGCACUCUGCUGUAAUGAACAAUUAAAUGUCUUCAGCUUUUA